UAGUAUUUUGCUGUCUGAAUAGUAAUUUUGCUCUGUGCGUGUGAGAAAAGGAAGAAAAGAGGGUAGCCUUUAGCGAGGUGCUGCUGGGUUGGAAGAAGGGUCCGAGGUACUUUUCUAUUAUUAUUGUUCCUACACUCCGCCCGUUUCCACCUCCUUGUCCUGGCGAAAGGUUGAACCGUUAAAAUGGAGGCGGAUAGAUCCGGCGGAGGACCAAACCCGAACUCCGGAGGCGGCGGCAGCAGCGGAGCGGGGCGCAACCCAAACGGGCCCAAAGCAGCACCGGGCCAGGCGACAUCAGCUGCGGCGACCGGGGCGAUGGCACCAGCAGUGGCGGCGGCGGCGGCUGCCGGGGCCAUGCCCGGAUCGUCGCAGGCUCGGGAGCUACAGGACGGGGACUCGGGUAUGACGCUUCCUGGGAUCCUGCACUUCAUCCAGUACGAGUGGGGACGCUUCCAGGCCGAGAAAUACCGCUGGGAGGCUGAGAGAGACGAACUCAGGGCUCAGGUGGCGUUCCUACAGGGUGAGAGGAAAGGGCAGGAGAAUAUGAAACAGGACCUGGUGAGGCGGAUCAAAAUGCUGGAGUAUGCUCUCAAACAAGAGAGGGCUAAGCACCAGAAGCUGAAGACGGGGAACGACCAGAGUCCCGGAGACAAGAAACCAGAGACAGAGGCAGACCAACUUCCCAAUGGGCCGGCUGAGUCAGACUCCGAGCCAGCCAAUCAGAUGUCCUGGAAGGAGGGACGUCAGCUACUACGCAAAUAUCUCGAGGAAGUGGGUUAUUCAGACACUAUCCUGGACAUGCGGUCUAAGCGUGUGCGCUCCCUGCUCGGGCGGAGCAGCCCCGAGGCUAACGGGCCUCCACCCAGUGAAACCUGUCCCGAGCCUGAGCCCCGGGCAGGUGGAGAGUCAUUGUUGGUCAGACAGAUAGAGGAACAGAUCAAGAGGAACGCGGGCAAGGAAAGCUCGAAGGAACGUCUGGGCGGCUCGGUGCUAGAUAAGAUCCCCUUCCUGCAUGGCUGCGAGGAUGACGAUGAGGACGACAGCGACGAGGAAGAUGACUUCCAAGGCAUGGCCACUGACUGCAUCGAUGGACCGCGCAAGAACAAGAAGUCUCGUGUAAAGAUGGGUUCGGAGCCCAUGACCACAGACCUGGACCCGGAGGACGAGGAGGACGAAGACGACUCGGAAGACGCCCUCAGUGAAUUUGACUUCCUGGGCUCGGGGGAGGAUGGGGAGGGGGCGGGAGAGGCCAGGAUCUCGGGGGACGGACGGGAGUUAGAGAACCGCAGGAACAAGUUACAAGGCAUGAUGUCGGACUUCCCCCCUAAACCUACCCCGCCCCCUAAUGUACCGGGACAGGCUCGCUCUGGAGAAGGUGGUGCCCUGGGUUUUUCCUCUGACGUCUUCAUCAUGGAUGCUGUCGGAGGAGGGGACAUGAACCUGGGUGAACUGGCUGAUCUCACCGUCGCCAAUGACAACGAUCUCUCCAUGGAUAUGCAGGAUAACAGAGAGGAGUUUAAGAAGACAUGGAACCCUCGUUUUACACUACGCAGCCACUUUGAUGCCAUCCGCGCUUUGACCUUUCACCCCAGCCAGGCGGUGCUGCUCACUGCCUCUGAGGACGGGACACUAAAACUGUGGAACCUCAACAAGGCCAUGCACUCUAAAAAGAACGCAGCGUUGGAUGUUGAGCCCAUCUACACAUUUAGAGCACACAGUGGAGCUGUUCUGUCACUAACCAUGGGUGAAGACGGAGAAUCCUGCUACAGCGGAGGUCUAGAUGGAACCGUCAGAUGUUGGAAGAUGCCUGACCUCAAUGUUGAUCCUUAUGAUAACUACGAUCCUGGCAUCGAGAGCAGCGUACUAGCCGGCCACGAGGACAGCGUGUGGGGUCUGACUUACUCGGCAGUGCACCACCGGCUCGCUUCAUGCUCAGCCGAUGGCACCAUUCGCAUCUGGGACCCUCAGAACUCGUCUCCCUGCCUGUCUGUCUUCAAUAAGGAGAGGGAGCACGGAACGCCCACCUCUGUAGCCUUUGUGGCCACUGACCCCAACCAGGUGGUGGUGUCGUUUGACGCCGGUGAGACGCUUCUCUACGACCUCAACACGGAGCAGAGCGUCACGGCGCUAGAGACACAGACCAAGGAUGGCAGUGAGCUGAUCAACCGUGUGGUCAGUCACCCAUCUGAGCCCGUCUCCAUCACUGCACAUGAGAACCGCACCAUUCGGUUCCUAGACAACAAGACAGGUAAAGUUGUCCACUCAAUGGUGGCUCACUUGGAUGCGGUCACCUGUCUCACUACAGACCCUAAAGGCACUUACCUCAUCUCCGGCAGCCACGACUGCUCGGUGCGCCUGUGGAUGCUGGACAACAGGACGUGCGUGCAGGAGAUCACGGCUCACAGGAAGAAGCACGACGAGGCCAUCCAUGACGUGGCCUUCCACUCUUCGCAGCCCUUCAUCGCCAGCGCUGGGGCAGAUGCACUUGCCAAGAUCUUUGUCUGACAGCGCUGUUGUCAUUCUGAGUCCAACAAAAACAACUGGGCCAAAAGAGACUGAAGACUACAGUGGACAAAUUUCACCUGCUUACACACACAGACACACACACACACUCUCACACCUGUCCUGCACCCCACUGGUUGGGUCAUCACCACAGGACGUCACCUCCCUUCAAUCCCUUACUGUCCUCUGAUGCCUCAGUGACUUCUUGUAAUACUAAUCACACUGCUUUUUUAUAAAAUCCCGGCUGCUCCGUUUUCGAAUAAUCACAUUUGGAGUAACACUUUUUCUACACUACAAUAUUCUGUUCUGCUUUUUUGUUCGUUCUACCGACACUUAUUACAAACCACCAUGUGUGUGCGUUUGUGCGCUUGAACUGCUGACACACUACUCACACUUCACUGAAAAACCACAGAGGGAACGCUCACACUGCACAGCGCACACGAUGCACCACUGCAUUUCAUUUGGGAUCUUUUUUUUAAUGACUUGCUUGUGGCUAACAUAGAUAUGUAGGCAUGACUAUAAACAGUUAUCCUUCCCAGUGUCGGCAGAAUUCACCUGACCAACCUCUCCGUUGGGAAUUAAUGUAUUACAUUCCAAAGACUCCAGGUAGAGUGUGUGUGGUGUGUCGUAUUCGGGGGUUGGAGAAUGUAAAAGUGAGUUGUGUGAUGUGAUGAGGCAUUAGACAGUUGCUAACCAGUGUUGAACAAAUAGCUUUAAUUUCAACUUUACGGCCAAGACACCAAGUCUCACUGUAUGUCUGAGUAUUAUAGCGUCCCCAUGAUUCUGCCUCUACUUGUGUGUGUGUGUGUGUGUGUGUGUGUGUGUGUGUGUGAGAGUGUGAGAGAGAGAGAGAGAGAGAGAGUGUGUGAGAGAUACAAUGUCACCCUGCUGUACAAGAUAAAUGAACAUAUUUCCACAAUCACGGUCCAUUUUUACAGACGUUACAGUUCGAACUGUGCAGACUGAUGCUCUCACACCACAUUAACCAGCUAAAGAUAGAUAUCAUGAGAGUGCAGUUAAAGUUCGUGGACUUAACAGGGGUGGUGAGGCCAGUCUGGAUGCUCUCAACAAAUGACGCGGAUUGUGUCAUUUGGUGCUUUUUACUGUACAGAAGACGAGUGCGUGCGUGUGUCUGUUUAUGCACUAGUUAAAUCACGGUGCUACGAAAGACCUUGUCAGUCUUGAGUCAGAAUCAGGGACCUGUUUUGUGUGUGUAUGUAUGUGUGUGAACGCGUGAGAAAGAGAGACUGUGUUUCUCACUCAUCGGGCUACAGAUCUCCACGGAGUGAAUCUGCUUUUUAAUGACAUUUCAUAGUUGAAUCAUUUCAUUAACUGUGGUCACAUUUUAGAAUUAGCGGUCACUGUUAAUGUCUCUCAUUAGAGGGAUGUGAAUAAUGUUGGGCUUUGAUCGUUUCAGGCUUGAGGAGUGUACAGAGCUGAUGAUAAUUUUAUUACAGUGAGGACCACUUGGACUGAAAACAUUUUCCUGAUUUCCUGAGAUGAGAGCUGCUCGGAUCGUCUUUUUCAUUUCAUCAAGUCGGUGCCAGUUUGUAGGCGGUGCUCGGUUCUGGCUUGUUAUUUAUUCAGGCUUUCAAAAAAAAAAAAAAAAUAAAUAAAUAAAGCUUGACUUUACCUUCAGUUGUGUGAUGAGGUGAGGUCCCCUCAUCUUGUUUUUGAUGUGCAUCAGUUGCACAGUAGCACAUUACCCAGAGAGCUAAUGAUGUGAAGCUGCUCUCCUCUUUCAAAGGGGGUGUGCUGGGAGAAAAGUCCAUUUAAAAUUCAGCCACUUUGUCAUUUCAGAGAGGAAAAAACGAUUGAUUUAAGAUGUGUGGGUGUCAGUUAAUAUUCGUAACAUGACUCGGCACCUAACCUAUUUUGAAUGUAACCUCGAGAGCAUUUGGCUUAGCUGGAAACAUUGUUCCUUUGAGACACCUCACAUCUAUCUCUGUCUGUGUCCUGCAUUUACACUGAUACCUGCAGGACACGUUUGCUUUAGAUGACCUGACUUCAAAUUACCUGACCAAUCAUUUUAUCUCAUUACCUUGAGAAGACUGAUAGAAUCUGGUGUUAAAUCAGUUGGUUAAGGGGCACCCUCCACCUCUUAAAGAUUACAGGGUCACACUAGGGGUUGGAGGGCAGAUCUAAGGGUUCAAAGUAUCCUGGAGGUAAAUACUUCCCUCCUUUCCCUGUCACUGGGGACACUAGCAUUUAUAGUUCAGAUAUUUUGUUUCCUGAAACAGGGUGGUGGACUGUGGACAUUAUUGUACUGCUGCUGGACAUAACGUCCUGGUAUCACAUUUAACUACUACUUGGCUCCACUUUGCACUACAUCUAACAGUGGGAGCUUCUGUUGAGGAGUGGUUACACACAGGGUGCAGAAAUAAUGUGUUGCAGGUAUUUCUUAUACAAUCUGGAGUAAAUACUACAAAGGCGGAACCUACUGUGGCUCACGGUUAUAUGAUAGUGAGAGCUACUGAUGGCCAACUUUCUUUUCACUCUGAGCGACUACGCCCCCUCUCUGAGAAUGAAGACAAAUCACUAUGACACAUCAAAAAAGAAAAAAAAGAAAUCGAAACAGAGGUUGUAAAUGAUGACUAGAGAUGCCAUUACGUGCUGUAAAUGUCCAUCAUUUCCUUGUUUUCUUUCUUGCAUUUCUUUUCUUUGAUUAUGAAUAUGAUUAAUAAGAUGUAAGAAUACUGUAGUAUCAUAAGUGAAUCAUUCUUCCUUGCUAGGCAUAGAACUUGCUUGUGAUUGAUAAUGGCAAUGUAUAACUUGUAAAAAAGCAAAAUGGUUAAAAAACACGAAAAAUGUCAAAAAUAAGUUAAAAAAAAAAAUCUGUUACCAGUCAGAGGCCAAGGUAAAGGACUCUCAUUUCUUUGUGUUUUUAUUUUUUUAUUAGCAAUUUAUCACUGUGUGAUAUUUUGUACAUCAUAUUAAGCUGUAUUCAAACUAUUUCCUCUAACUACAAGGGAUAAGAGACCUGCUUUUUAUUAAUUUUGUUUUAUUAUAUAUUUUUGAACUGCAUUCUAGCUUGUAUCAAAUGACUUUCUCUUUUUGUUUACGGGUCCCCUGUUGUAUGUCAUUAAGGAAGAAAAAAACAAAAAAUGAAGAUUUUGUACAGUGAAUUGAGA